ACCACCCUCUAGAAAAAUCUCGAAAUAUUGCAACAGUUGUCCGAAACGAUUUUUUCUUCUUUUUAGAACAGUUUUGAAUAUGAAUUCGAUCGAUCGAACAGGGAAAAUCGGUUGAGAGGUUUGGGAUCGACAUGCUAGUGACGUUUGCGAAAUUGUAAUACCCUAAAUGAAUUCUACCUAGAUCGAACUGGAAAGUUCUUCUCUACGAACUUUUAGAUCAUUGUAAUGUGUUAAAUCAUUUAUUUUAGUUGAUUGAUAGUUUUACUGGCUAUAGAAAUCAUUCAAUGAGUUGACGAUCACCGAUGACCAUCGGGUAGGUUUCAGUUGAUAUGGAUUUCUAUCUAUUUCAACGGUUAUAGUAAACACGUUACAUGUCAAGUUCAAUAUUCUAUCAUCGUUUUCUCAAAAUGGCGUGGAUGAUAGUCUGUCAAAAUAUAUUUGUCUAUGAAUGUGUUGAAAACAGCACACCUUUUCAAUAUUAUAUCAUUAAAAACAAGUAAUUAACUGUUUACGAGUCAGAAUUUCUCUUUGACAUUUGUCAUACACGUGCUAUAUUGCAACUGUUUUAAUAUCACGAAACAUAUUUCUUACUGAAAACUCAAUUUCGACAUUAAUGGUUCUAGUCGUAAAAAUGUCUUGCUUCUGUAAGGUUUUUCCUACAAAGAAUUUCUUUCUAGUGUAAUCUUUAAUAAAUUUCCAUUUCUAAGAAGCCCAUAAAAUUACAAUCAACGUUUCAGAAGUGAUUUAAAAAUAUGCUAAUCGAAGCAGGCGAUCCUAAACUCUCGAAGAUCAGCAUGCAGAAUAAUGUUGAGUAAAGUAUGCUCUUUUUUUGAAAAUGAAGUGAAACGUGUUCAAAUGGCCCCCGGUGAUGGAAUUUUUACUGACCAGUUAUCAAGGAUCCUGGACACGAGUUUUUCGAAGGUUGGCCCGGCCGUUUCCCACGUGCAAGGUGUUUGCACAUACAUGCUCCUCGAGUUCCUGUUCGUCGCUAGUGUGGCUCGCGUGAGCCAAGAUUCUCAGUGAAAAUGAUCGGUGUAGUGGUUCUCGGCCAAGAACGACGGGCUCGAGGAGAAAAUCGAAACUCGCGUGGCGGUCUCGUGCCCGAGGAAAAUCCGUUAUUUUUUCCAUCGCGCCCAUUGACACCUGGACACCCGUCCGUGGACGCACGUGUCCAUUUCUUUAGUCGACCAUUGUUCGUUGUGUCGUCAUCGGUACCGAAACGGAGUCCGAUUCUUUUUCUGCUUCCCUCGGGGAGAAAGAUACGCUCUUCGAGGCAACAUGAAGUCGACGUUCAUCAUACUGGCAGCGCUCUGCGUGGCUCUGGUCAGCUCGCAUCCGCUUGAACAAGAUCGCCUUCGGUCCGAGGCACUCGAUCGGCUGAUGAUCGUCGAAGCCGACAACGAGGCCGCACUAAGGAGCAAAAGGACGAUCGGUAUCCUGCGGGAACUCUUCCCCGAAAUCUCUCAGGACGUAAACCCGGAGGCGGAGGACAGGGCGAACGAGGUGGCAGCAGAGUCGCAGAACAAUGAGGUCAAAGUGCAAUUCGCGGACGAACAGCCUAGCGACACGGCGCCGUUGACACCGCUGGACGAGGUGGAAACUGAAGACGACGAGAACAGGAACAAGAGAUUCCUGAACUUCGGGUUCGGCGGGUCCGGCAGUUCCGGCAGCGGAGCCGGCUCCGGCAACUUCCUCUUCGACAUAAUCAGGCAAGCGGCCGACGGGGCGGCAAGAGCGGCGGGCACGGUGUACCGCGUGGUGGCAGGUACGCAGAGCCUAGGGCUCGGCUUAAGCGCCUCCCGGGACUUGGGCCCGGCUCCCCAAGAUGCCGCCCCUGCUGCCGCUCCAGCUGGUUCCUCGGCCACCACGGGAUCCUCGAGCAACAACGCGUCAGCAGCCGGCAACCUACCACCGCUGGUGGCCGGAAGCGGAAGCGCAGCCAGCGGCGGCGGAACUGUGGCCGGAAAAGUUGAAGACGCGCCCGAAGCGGUCCCAGGACCAGUCACCAGGCUCUUCGUCAUCGCCAACAGGGGGAUAUCGAACCUCAUUCAGGAUCUCAUCCUCCGCCUGGCAGCAACGAGCGAGCGUAUCGUCAACUUCAAGGCGAGACUGAUCACCUCGAUCAUCUAGAACUCGGUGCGGAAGGACUAGGGUGAGGAAGUGCAAAACAAGAUUCAAGAUGGCCUGCUGUGGUGGGGCCACGUGGGAGCCAUAAACCGAGCCGUGAUCGUCGCAGGAACCACGGGUACGACGUUGGCAACGUGACUGACAUAAUCAGCGUGCUGCCCCCUUGUCCCCGAGGUCCUAAGUGUCUCGUCGAUGGUCGACUCGUCAUCGUGAUGCGAAACCUCGCGACUUCAAGUUCGAUAUCACGCAAGACCGCGACCCUGUCCUCUCUCGUUCUCUCCCUUCCUCCUCAACCUCUCCUCCUUCUAUGUCGUCCUUCACCUUUUAGUCGUCCUCCAACGUGAAACUUUCUUCAUCUUUCUUCUUCCGCACUCCACCCUUUCUCUCACUCUAUCCUCGUGGUCCCUAGUUCUUCACAAUUAUACAUAUAGCGUUUAAAUAAGCUCUGAGAUUCGACGACCGCCGCAAGAAUUCUCGCGCGAUUGCGUCCUGUAAUGUGCGUUCAGACUGUCGACACACAUUGUCAAUGAUUCAAGGAUUUAACAUUGUUCCUCGGACAAUAUACAGGAUGCUUCACGUAACGACCCUCUUUAGUUUCUUUUGUAAAUUAUCGCUUCUUAAUGUAUGCAAUUUGUAAUUUGCAAAUGGCAUUUUUCAACGUUUCGCUCGGAAUCGUCCUUGAUUUUUUUUCUUUCUAUUAGAUGACCUAUUAUAGGUGUGACACCCUGUAUAUUGUCAGUGUAAACGAUAUAUUUUCAAGUCAAACAGAAUUUUGAAUUUAAGGAAAAAAAAUGACAAAUAUUUUUUAUUCAAACAAGUGGCUUCGAGCAUGUGGCAACCGCGACUGUUCUUGACGAAACGCAUUCUAGUAAUCCAAUUUUUUCGCGUCUUACCAGGAAUUGAUAAAUUUGGAUCUUCUUGCAUACUUUUGUUUACAGCAGCAAUAUUCGCUUCAGUACGCACAUUCCGACGUCGUGCUGGUGUUGUUGCAUCAUGCAGAGAGAAUGUGAUACGAAAUCUAACCACAGUUCGACGGAUGGUUUGCUCUACGACCGGUUUUCAAAGCAAAUUCGGAUAAUACUUGACCCAUCCUGAAGCGUGAAUCUAUUCAUGACUAUUCUCCAGACUAAACUGAACAUAAAUAUCGCCAAGAGCGAUCAGAAGGACAACUCGAAGCUAAAAAUUAACGAUUAUGGGCAAAAUUGUCAGAUAAGAACACAAUUACUGUUGAAAGGAUACAUGUUACUGUAAGCAAGAGAUUUUCCUCAAGGUCACAAUUCUCAUCAUUUUUCAAUUAUUUCUCACUUAUAUUGUUGUCUGAAUACGUCGAAUCUAUUCUGCAAAUGUUUACCAAUGUUGUAUAUGUACCGUGAUGUAUUGUAAUAUGUAUCGAUUGUUUUUACACGCAAUGGUGAGCGAUGGAACAUCGAAAAUGUAUGUUGUUGGUCUGAACGUUGCUGAACGGAAAGUUAGGAUAAACGCAGGUCGCAUCCUGUUUUGUCGGUGCUGAAAUUCGUCGGAUCGCGUCAAGCCAAGAAGAAACUCGAGCGGACUUGUACAUAGCUACUCCCGGAACGCAACAGUGCCAAGCAUUGAUUGUUUCAACCCCCUUCCUUGUAUUAGCAGCUCUGCCUCCUUGUCUGUUGCUUCUAUAAGGGUUGCUAAGAGCGCCGACUGCGGUGCACUCGGAAAUUUCGACGAAUCCUGACAUUCUGGAAGCGUGAAUCGGAAAUCUGCGACCAAUUGUGAGUACCGGAAGCGUGAAUCGGAUGUUUGCGACAACUCUUAACGCUGAAACUAGAUUAGAGAAUCCAUUGUCCUGGAACUGUUGCAAAUGCACGUCGACUCAUAUAUUUGCUUGCUGAAAUCUAUUUAGUUAUCUGAGUGAAAUUGCAAAUUUUAUUUGAACAGAUUGUGAAACUUCGUAAAAGAACAUAAAUUGCAGAGUUAAAUUUUGUUAAAAUAAUUACUUGUUUCGUUUGUUUAAAUCCUGCGGAUAUUAAUGAAAUUCGAAUAUUUUGUAAUCCUUUGCAAAGGAUAUUUGCAAAAUAUAUUGUGACAAUAAUUAAUUUUCAAAGCUGAAGAAAGUUAAUUACAGCUAGAUAUUGAGUCGAGUGAAGUUACACGAAUUGGCAAACAGUUGUCACACAGGAAUUUUCAUUUUCUAUUGUGUAAUACUUCAAAAGAUGUGAACAAACAUGUAAGUCAAAAUUAUCGAACAAAUUGUUUGUCAAGUCUAGCGUUAAGGGUCGUACUAAAGACCCAGAAAUUUUGGUGUGUCAUUAAUUGUUCAUCGUACUCGACUCGAGUCGAGAACGAGCCCAUUCUCUUUUCGAUUUUUCCCUGUUCAGGAAAGCGCGAUAAGAGAACAUACUCGUUCGGCACAGGUGCGUUCGUUGAUCCUCGAAUUGAACGCAUAAUCUAUCGAACAUAAAUCGUCCCUGUUAUUUUGUAGUGUAAAUAAAUAAAUCUUAUUGUCAUAAAACGGAA